AUGGAUGUUUCUGCAGCUCACGCUGUUUCUCUCACUGAAGGGGAUUUGUACACCGUUGACGAUUCGUGUCGUCUGGCUGGUACUUUACGCAUCUACAUCAAUCUGAUUAAACCAGUCAAGAUGUCAUUAAGACAGACCAUGGAAAUGCUCCCGGUUCCGCCCCCAACCAACCCCACCCCGACCGGGGAGAAUGCACCACUCGGCCCGGACGCCGCCGGCAAACCGAAUUCCGAGGACGUUCAGCCGGACAUUCCCGCACCGGCUCGCCUGGUCUCGUUUUUCCUGCCCCGUGGCACCUCCAAAGUGGUCUACAUUACCAGGUACUAUUAA